CUCACGUAGUCAAGUGAACAGCCCCUGCGCUUCUCAUUCUUCGAUAUCAACUCCUGCUCAAAAACAAUCAAAAACCCUAAAUGGCCUUCUCUCCCCUUAUCGAAACAACAAUGGAGAGAGAAAAUCAUAUAAAAUGGGAAAAUAGUAUUUAAUUUUCAAUCUUCGUUUUCCAUCUUUGCAAAGCCUUUACUUUUCCGUCUACACAUGUGUCUUCCAUGUUUUCUCUGUUUUAUUUUUCUUAGGAGAAGCUGAUUUCAUUUUCUAGGGAGCCGCCGUAGAUUGGCGUCUUUGUUAUAUUUAUUUUUUGAUAAUAUUGUCUUGUGUUUUCUCUAAUGGUGACGUUUAUGUUGUGGAAUUAGGGUUCUGCAUAUCCACUCUAUUUUCCUUACGGAGUUGUGGGCCUUUGUAGCGAAAUAUUCUGGUUGGAAGCUGGGUAUUAUUAUUGGAAAACAUGUCGUCGCAAUACCCGAUUCUUUACAAUCGUCAAAUCGAUCAAUGGAAGGUCAUAGAGUUGAAGGAAGAGCUUAAGAGACGAAAACUAACUACCUGGGGUUUGAAGGACGAUUUGAUUAAACGUUUGGCUGAAGCACUUUGCAUUGAGAGGGAAGAUGCUGCAAAGGAAGUUGAUGGUGGUUUCCAUUUGGAUCUCAAUCCCGUAGUUGAUGUGAAAAAUCCAGAAUUAGUAUCAGUUGUUACUGAAACAGUCAAGGGUCCGGUGGACGAUGUUACUGUUCAGGUCAAGGUCAAUGAUGGUGCUCCAAGUGGUUCAAGGAAUUUUCGAAGAAGGUGCGCAGCAGCUAGUAUUGAAUUUUCUAGGGUGAAAGAAAAGAAGAUUCCUGAUCAUGCAACUGGGUUGGAAACUAGCAAUCUAGUUACUGAAACUGUUGUUACAAAAGUAGCAUUGAAUGGGCAAGAUAUGCCAAACUUUGCAACUCAUGGGGAUAAUGGGAAUAUUAAUAUUCAGCUGGAGAAUGAAGAUCCCACACCCCUGAAUGAAGAUCCAAAAUCCCGGCUGGAGAAUGAGGAUUCAAAGUCUCAGCUGGAGAAUGAGGAUUCAAAGUCUCAGCUGGAGAAUGAGGAUCCAAAGCCCCAGCUGGAGAAUGAGGAUCCAAAGCCUCCUCACGAGGAUCCAAUGCUUCAUUCUUCUGCUGCUCCAAACUACCAGGUAUCUGAGGUCAGCCCCCUUUUGAGGUCUCCAGUAAAUUCUGAUUCUGUUUCUACUGAUUCUGUGUCAAUUAAUGAAAAAAUUGAACUAAAGGAUAAUAUAAUUGAUGAUAAUGUUAAAUUAGAACUAGAUGUUGUUAAGCCUGAGAUGGAGGGACCAUCAUCCAGCAAUCUUGUUGCAGUUAGUGGCGAAUCACAUCCAAUGGAUGUGGAAGAGUCACAUGAGAAGCAGGCAUCUGUCGAACAGAAAGAUGACAGCAAUGCUGCAAAUGAAGACAGCAUCAGAAAAAAUGAUAGUGCACAUGUAGGGUAAUUGGAAAAGUUAAAUUUGGACAGAAGCUCUGGUGAUGACUCUAUGGAGGAUGAUGCACUAGAAACUAAGCAAAUUGAUUCGAAGUGUAAUGAUGAUGAGUUGGGGGACAAGAGUGCGAAAAAUGAAUUGCCGGUUAAGGAAGAAAGUAUUGUUGAUGUUGUUGGAGAUGACUUAUCUGCAGCCAAAAAUGAUAUCCUUGCUGAGAGUAGGAUUCAUCCUGCCAUGCCUGCUGAGAAAAGGAAACUUGAUGACCAAGAAGCAGGUGGGAACGCAGAACCUCUGAAGAGGCAACACAGAUGGAAAUCUGAGAGCCUUAAAGUUCCUGAAAUUCAAGGGUCCAAUCCAACGCUCACCACCACACCUAAAGACGCAUUUCAAUCUCCUGGUCUUAAGCGCAAUUUCUCUAGAUCCGACUCUUCUGUUAGCGAGGAUGCUCCAAAGGAACGUGUUGUUCCACCAUCACCAAAACCUCCUACAAAUUCUCUUAGGAUUGAUCGUUUUCUGCGACCUUUUACCCUCAAAGCUGUCCAAGAGCUACUGGGUAAAACUGGGCAAGUUACAGAUUUCUGGAUGGACCACAUUAAGACCCAUUGUUAUGUUACUUAUUCUUCAGUGGAAGAAGCUGUGGAGACACGGAAUGCUGUUUAUAACCUAAAAUGGCCUUAUAAUGGUGGACGCCUUCUAGUGGCUGAGUUUGUUGACCCUCAAGAAGUGAAAAUUCGAGUGGAGGCUCCUCAAGGUCCUCCACAUGCCCCAGCUGUAUCUGUCAAUAUUGCUUCUCCUCCAGCUGCAAUUACGCCACAGCCAUCACCGUCCUCCCAUCAACGGGUUUCUAGGAAGCAGCUUCCUUCUCCCCCACCUAUCCUCCCGCCUCCUCCACCACUCUCUAACCCGCUUCCAGUUAGAGAGCGUCUCACUGUUCCUCAACUGUCAGAGAAGGUCGAUCCACCGAUUGUAACUUUGGAUGAUCUCUUUAGGAAAACAAAAGCAACUCCAUGGAUUUACUAUCUACCACUGUCAGAAGAACAAGUUGCCCUAAAAAUUGCAGCACGCAGCAGAGCCACCGAACGGUAG